AGUAAGUUCAGCCAUGUUUUGCGGAAAAUGGAAAAAGUCCCGCUUGGAAAGUUGUCACCACCAGCAGCAGCUUUCUGCCCAUCACCAUGGAGGAACUAUCAAAUCCUCGGGACACCGCGCGUUCAAAAAAUUGGAUAAGACAGAACUUGAGAUCAGCUUGACAGCUGUACUGAAAGCAGACAUUUUAACAUCUAUGAAGCUUCCUUGAAAAAUACAAUCUCACACAGAUACACACACAACAUAUUCUCAGGGAAGCCUGUAGUCUAAUUUAUUUGUUCUGUGACAGGCUGCCUUCUGCUGGACUAUCAGGUGAAUAAGAUGCAUUACCAAAUUACGACUUACAAGGCUUGUCAGAUGAUGAAGAUAUUAAGGUGAUGCUGCAGGGAACCUUUUUCUGGAAAGUCAAGACUUAUCAGCCCCAGAAACAAAGGCUGUUCCGGCUUCUUGAAGAUGGGAUGUCCAUCUGGUUUGAGACUCGUUUUAAAAAGGCUCGCUCCAAACAUAUUUUCUCCAUCCUCCAUGUUGAAAGUGUACGUGAAGGUUACCAAUCUGAGGGGCUUCGGAAAUUUGGUGGUUCUUUUGCAGAAGAGCAGUGCUUCACUAUAGUCUUCAGGGGAAAACGGAAAAACCUGGAUCUGGCUGCCCAGACUGGGAUUGAAGUUCAGCAGUGGGUGAGAGGACUCACAAAACUAAUGGCCAGGUGUGAAGCCAUGAGCCAGCGAGAAAAGCUUGAGCACUGGAUCCAUGGCAUCUUACAUGAAGCUGACAAGAACAAAGACAAUAAGAUGAGCUUCAAAGAGAUCAAAAACAUGUUGCGAAUAGUAAACAUAGAUAUGAAUGACAUCUAUGCCUAUCAGCUCUUUAAGGAGUGUGACAAAUCAAACAAUGACCGCUUGGAAGAAUGUGAGAUUGAGGAGUUCUGUACACGGCUAAUGAAACGGCCUGAGCUGGAGGACAUUUUCCACCAAUAUUCAGGCGAGGACUGUGUGCUUUCCGCUGAGGAACUGCAGGAAUUUUUGCAUGACCAGGGUGAAGAAACAAGCUUGCAGCAAGCUCAUCAUAUCAUUCAGACAUAUGAGCUCAACGAGAAAGCCAGGCAACACAAUCUCAUGAUGCUGGAUGGUUUCACAAUGUACUUACUAUCUUCAGCGGGAAACAUCCUUAACCAGGCCCAUGCUGGGAUCUAUCAGGAUAUGAGCCAGCCUUUAUGCCAUUACUUCAUCUCUUCCUCCCAUAAUACCUACCUAACAGACAAUCAGAUUGGAGGGGCCAGUAGCACUGAGGCAUAUGUUCGGGCAUUAAUGAAGGGGUGCCGUUGUGUGGAGCUUGACUGCUGGGAAGGUUCUAAUGGAGAGCCCAUUAUCUACCAUGGCCAUACUCUUACCUCCAAGAUCCUCUUCCGGGAUGUAAUUGAAAGCAUUCGGGACCAUGCCUUCAAGCACUCUUCCUAUCCUGUGAUUCUUUCUCUGGAAAACCACUGUGGCCUGGAUCAGCAGUCUACAAUGGCCCAUCACCUGAAAACUAUUCUAGGGGACAUGCUGUUGAUCCAACCACUUGAUGGAGACCUGUCUAAGCAACUGCCCUCACCAGAGCAAUUGAAGGGGAAGAUAUUAGUGAAGGGGAAAAAACUAUCAGAGAACAAGACUGAUCCAAGAGUUUACUUGAUCUCCAAUCGUGAGGAAGAAAUGCAGGAGGAAGAAGAUCAGAGGUUUACAUCUUCUUUCCAGGAAAUCAGACCUUUGCAAGCAAAGGAUGUUGUGCAGAUUUCCCGAGAACUCUCUGAUGUGGUUGUAUAUUGCCGGGCUGUUCCAUUCCAAAACCUUUCUGAUGCUCUGCUCCAGCAGAAGCCUGCAGAAAUGUCAUCAUUUAGUGAGCGGAAAGCCAGGAAGCUGAUCAAAGAUUCAGGAAAUCUUUUUGUCCGAUACAACACCCGGUACCUCAGCCGUAUCUACCCACUGGGUCUGAAGAUGAACUCCUCCAACUACAACCCUCAAGAGAUGUGGAAUGUUGGCUGCCAGAUUGUGGCCCUGAAUUUCCAGACACCAGGUGCUGAGAUGGAUUUGAAUGAUGGGCGCUUUUUGGUGAAUGGCUGCUGUGGCUAUGUGCUGAAACCUGCUUUCUUACGCAAUAACCAGAGUAAUUUUGACCCCAAGGUUCCCAUUCAUAGGAGUGGCCAGAACCCCAUUGCCCUCACGAUCAAGGUGAUUACAGCUCAGCAACUUCCCAAACUAAAUAAAGAGAAGAGUUCCUCCAUUGUUGAUCCUUUUGUACGAAUUGAGAUUCAUGGAAUUCCUGCAGACUGCUGCAAGAAACAAACUGAAUAUCGGUUAAAUAAUGGAUUCAAUCCAUGUUGGAAUGAGAUGUUGACGUUUCAGAUACAAGUUCCAGACCUGGCACUGGUGCGCUUUGUAGUAGAAGAUUAUGAUACAACUUCAUCAAAUGAUUUUGUGGGACAGUUUACAUUACCAUUGCCCAGCAUUAGGGAAGAUGCAGGAAGAUGUGAAAACUAUAAUGAAGGUCGAUUUGGAAAAUGUGAAAGUGGAUUGAGAAGGUCCAAUGAGCCCACAGAAGAAUGGAUGAAUAGCUGUGCUAAUUCUGGAUGCCAUCUGCUACUAAAUCAAAUAAGGUCGGAAGCAGAGAAGAACCAAAGUGUUGCAGCCAGAAGAUCCAGACUGAGAGAAGAGCAUGAUGUCAAUCCUUACCUGAAUAUGCAGGCUAUUGUAUUAGGGUCAUAAUUUAACAUUCUUCAUGUAGUUGAAGCCAAAAGCUACUUAACCUAAAGAUUCCUAGAAUGCUUUCCUAGACAGGAUUUUAGUCUGACUAAAUAUUCCACCUUAUUCUCUUCUUUAUAGUGCCCUGCAAAAAUACACACUGGGGGUAGAUAUUUUCUUGUUAUUUGUUAGUCACAAUAGAAGCCUAAUGAAAAGAUGUAUUAUGUUAUCUUGCAAACUUGGGCUAGGUCUAUUAAAAUCUAAGGAUUUGAGAUAGGUGGACUUGUGACCAAGAUUAAUGAGUGAAGAUGGUGCGAUCUAUGUAGUAAAGGCCUAAGAGAGUGAAAUGUGACCCACAAACUGAACAAAGAAUUUGAACUAGCCCAACUGAUCUGGAAUCUGAUUUGAGUAUAUAUACGUUGACAGGCCAGAAUGGAGAUUGAGCAUGAAACUGGGUCUUUAUUUGUUUAGGAAAUAAACUACUUCAUGUAGCAUAUAACUUAAGAUUAUUUCAAAGAUCAUAGUUCAAAUAAUGAACAGUAGUUGGGACCUUUUAAGACAGAAGAUUGUUGAAUUUAAUUACAAGCCAAGAAUAACAUAGAUAUAUGAAAAUCCUGCACCCCACUUCAUCUACUUAGCUUUUCCUGACACUCCAAGACUAUUUUAAUGAGAUUUAAAUACUAUUCUCUUGAAGGAGCUUGACAAAAUUAGUAUUAACUUGCUUUUCAAAACAUAUGUAUUUGUAUGGUCUUUAUUCUGGAUGAAAACUAAUAAUUAUUCUUAGGUUUAUUUUGAUACUUUACAUAGAUUGAUAUGGAAAAUAUCGGUAUUCCUAUACAUUCUCAGACUCAUUUGUGGAGAAAUAUACUUUUAGAAAUUAGAUUCGAAGCAGUGCAUUAUUUUCCCUUAGAACAUUUUGUUAACUAUAAAAAAAUCACCAGAGCAUUAAGGAUGAAAUUAUUUUUGCUAUAUUGUUUCUCCUAGUGAAUUUGAAAGAACUAUAUAUAGCUUUAGAGCAUUUAAUCUUUCAGCACAAAUUAAAAUCAGCUGUUGACGGCUAGUAGCUGUUUUAGCUAUUGCUAGUUAAACUGUCAAAGGAUUUUACACUACAAUCUUACAUUAUCCUAUUCCUACUGGGAGCCAUCAAGUUCAUCACACUACAAUCUUACAUUAUCCUAUUCCUACUGGGAGCCAUCAAGUUCAUCACAGCCUCUCAAUAUUACUUUUUAUGUGAGUGUUCUUGUGAUGAUGACGUGUGGGAACACACACACACAAGCUGUUUUGUGUUACUAGAGGAAAGGCAGUCUAUAACAAUUUAGUGAGGUUUUGUUCCAAGUGAGCAGUUAUAAGAGUAUAAUUUUAACCGAUUUUUUUUAUUUUUUAUAAUUUAUUGCAGCUUGGAUUAGAUGAAAGAUAAAUCCAUUGGAAAUUUAUAGUAUGCAUCCAGCUUCACAGUAAAUAUUAAGAUGCCAUAAAAGGAAACAGUAAUAACUCAUUUGGUGUUUUUUCAAAGCAUUUCAAGUAACGUACCUUAUAAAAUACUGUAGUUUAUAAUUUGCAAUAGUUUCUUGAAAAAGUUGGCUAACUAUUUAUAAUUUAGUAACUACCGUAAAUGCCGGCGUAUAAGAUGACUUCCGCGAGCGCUGAAAUCGGCACCAAAGAUGGGGGUCGUCUUAUAAGCCGAGUCAUCUUAUACGCUGGAAAUACUGGUAGUUUCCGGCGUAUAAGGCAACAUUCUAGGAAUGCGGCCUGGCUAUAAAGACGGGGGUCGUCUUAUACGCCGGGUCGCCUAAUACGCCGGCAUAUAUGGUAAACAACUUCUGAACAUUUAGUAGCUGCUUUUAUCAUACAGCCUAGUAGUUCUUAGUUUUUGGCUGUUCAGCCUCAAUACAAAUAGAGUGCAAGGUAUUUCCCAAGCAUUCAAAAAGAAGCCAAAUGAAUCUGAGAACUGAGUUUGGAUGACAACAUACAUAGAACAAGAAGGUAUGUAAUUAUUUUAGCACUACUUAUGAAUAUUUUCAGUGAGGCUUCAAGUAAAAUUCUUUAUUGAUUAUUCUCACCACACCCAGAUUUUUAGCAAAGAUAUCAGACACUAUCAAGAGGUCUGGCUGGUUACUGCUCCUAUUUCCCGUUUGGCUCAGCAGAUUCUUUGGAUUUGCCCCCCUUCCAAUUUUUCUAGGCAGAUUUCCAAACUAUGACCAUUUCCUUCCCAUGUUCCUUCUUACAACUAGAUCUACCUCAUGAAGCAGCAGCCGCUUGCUUUCUUGCAGGUUAUAAUUAGUACUUCUAGACAGGAGAAGGCUUGUUUACUAGAGAAUUUUGGAAGUAUCUUUUAAAAGCUUCUAACUUGGGAUGGAAAAUCUAGGUCAUUAGUCCUGACAUAGCAAGGAAGACAUAGGCUAUGGAAUUAGCUCAGACCUAUUGUUAGACAAGUUCAAAUUUCCUUUAUGAGUGUACUUUGGGCUGCUAUCAGAAGCGUGAGGCUCAAAUUUCCAUAUUUUUCUCCUAUAGUAUUUGUAAAAAUAAAUAAUGGGCAUAUCCUUACCUUAUGGAAUAGAGAGAAGGAAAGAUGACCAACUAAUGGUAACGUCUUAUCAUGCAACAUGCAUUUCAAUCUCUUGGCAACAAUACAGGAUGCAAAAGACAACAUAGGGCAACAGGUGGGGUGUUUGAGCAGCAGCUACACAUAACUUGUACUAUAGAAACCUAUUGUUGCAAUUUUCAAAAACUAGUCUAAAUUGGCCUCCCACCCAAGCAGUGAGAUUGGCCUGGAGUCAAAUCCCAACUUUACUGAAACAUUGUGACUUUAUGAAACAAAGUUCAAAUGUGGACUGAGAAGCAAUCCAUGUUUCUUGAGAUUUUUAGAGAAAGAUGGGUUAUAAGUGUAGAAAUUAAUAAAAAAGUUUUUCCUGGACAUUUCUAGAUUUUCCUGCAGAAUAGAUUGUGACCAAGUGAUCAAAUGGCUAAUUUUCUGCAAUGGAUUUAAAUAGUUGAAACACGAGAAAGUCUGUUAUGUAAUAAUUCUGUAUGUUCUGUGAUAUAUAGCACUAGACAAAGUUCACUUUUGAGUUUAGCACUUUUUUGCUGGAGCCUAUUUAAACUGAAUGCAGUUUACAAAUCCAGACCUGGCUUCUCUGUGUAUAGAAACACUGACGUGUUUAUUGUCCUACCCCUCUCUCUUCUCCAAUGGAAAAAAGACCUCUAUGAACCUAAACACCUUCUAGAAUUUGAUUUUGUAAUAUAUAUAUGUAUAUAUGUAUCCUUAAUGGUUAUAAAAAUAUAUGUAUGUGUGUGUGUAUGUAUGUGUGUGUGUGUGUGUGUGUGUAUAUGACUGUUGUUUGUAAUGUAUUUAAUAAGUAAAAUAACAUUUUAUUUUAGCAAAAGAUGUAGUCAGAGAAAUUUAAUCAGAGUCAAGUUUCAUGGAACACCCAAACAAAAAAAAGGGUAAAGCUGUUAUUGCUGUGAGGAAUUCUGAGGGAUCAGUUCCUUUAAUGUGUGAAAUUUGGGCAAUAUUGAUUGGGAUUAAUUUGUAUUUGUUAUAUUCUUCUGGCUUGUAUAAACAAACUUAGCCACAAGGUUUUUGUUUUGUUUUUGGAAAGCAGGUAAGAUCAUAAAUACAGAUUUCCCCCUAAAAUCCAGAUUUCCUUAGGUUGUGUACAAAUAAAAGCUUUUCUCCCAUUUGUCAAAACAUGUUUGAAAAAUGCUAAGUACUUUGUAAUGCAAGUAUAGCUGAAAUAUAUUUAGGGAGAAAGCCACUCACAUUUUAAUGUGCAAAUGUGUAAGUCAAAACUCAUUUACUCAAAUUGUCUGAAAACUUUAUACCAAGGCAACAACAGCACUUUGACCAAGGUGUAUAGCUGAAGCCUGUUAUUUUUUUCUUACAGAAAUUGAGAAGCAAACCUAAAUCUUAAUAAUUUUAUAGCUAUUUAUUAAUAAGAGAGAUGAUUUAUCAAUCUGAAAUGGUUAUGGCGUUUUAUCACAAGCAACUACACACGUCACUUAAGAUUCUAUACCUAGAUAGUAAGGAAAAAGUCAAGCAUUAAAUUAGAAGUUUGCUCAAACGCAAUUAUCCUUGUUCUUGCAGGCUAACCCAUCAAUUAAAUUAUAUAACCCUACCAAUCUAUACUUUAGGAAAACCUGCUUCCUUAUAUAAAACCAUUCAAAUUUUAUUGUUUUGUUUCUCAGAUAAACAGCAUAAUUUCGAAGGCAACUUUCUUACCAUGUCACAGGAUUAAGAAUUAUCCAUUCUCAAAAGUCUCCCUACUCUUUACAUGUCACUUUUAAUUGCAAGUUAUGAGAGGCAGGAGAAUCAGCCCAUAUUAUGUAAAUAGCAAUUUAUGAGAAUGUCAUUCUCCUAAUCACUGCAUAUGAAAUUAUUGAAUCACUCAAUUAUUUAUUAGAGGCUGGAUGGAAGAAGGUCUAAAAUACAGGGUCUGAAAAAGUGAAUAGUAACUUUCAGGCAUGUGGGUAGAAUGAUGCUACGAAGUAAUGAUUUGCUGUUUUGUCCAAUGGUUUGACAAUGGAUUCAUGUCAGUCAUGCUUGAGCAUAUUGGAGAGAUCUUGAGUGCAUCCUAUCCAUACAAGAACUUAUACAGUGAGAUUGUACUUGCACUAAUGUUCAGCUAGCACAUUAUUUCUGGUCCUGUAUUUAUGCCCUACCCCUGCCCUAUCCUAACAACUAUUAUAUUGCUAUACGUUGCUUUUAUUUUUAGGAUACAAGCUAGCUAAAAUUUUUAAUUAAUAUUUAUGCAUUAAAUAUGCUAUUUUUAAAGAUGG